CUACUUAGUUAUAUUAUUAUUUUUUUUCCUACCAGUAAGUUAGGGAUGGAGUGUUUGCAUUUUGUUUUAUAUUUUCAUAUAAAAAAGUGUUUUUCAUUGUCACUUGCACAGUUAUACACUCUCUGUCUCUCUCUCUCGAUAUAAAUGAUAAAAGAAUACACACGCUCACUUACUACCAAUUGCCAGACAUGAACCGACCAAAAUUUUAAUGCCACCCCUCUUCUUUUUCGAACUCUAAUUUCUGUCUUGGCAUUAAUUGUCCCACACCUUCCCAACUAUAUACUAACCAACCCCUUCAAUGCUCUCUCUCUCUGUAUAUAUGGGUGUAUGCGUUUCCUUCUUCCAAGCACUUAGACAUUGACAUUUUGCUUUUCGUUCAUUUCCAUUUGUGGAGUUUGUUUCUUGCUUCAAUUGCUUUCUCUCUUGUUUUUGCCUACGAAGAAAAUUUUCUUUCUUUGCUAUAAUGGCUCCAGCUGCUUCUUUCAAUGAAUCUUCAAAGACUAUUUGUGUAAUGGAUGCUUCUGGGUGUUUAGGCACAAAUCUUGUGCUCAGGCUCCUGCACAGAGGCUACACUGUUCAUGCUGCUGUACAAAAUCAUGGCAACUUGAAAUAUUUUGAAGAAUUAUCCCGCAAUAGCAAGAAAUUGAGGGUUUUCUACUCUGACCCUUUUGAUUAUCAAAGCAUAAUGGAUGCACUAAAGGGAUGUUAUGGCUUGUUCUAUUCCUUUGAACCUCCAUCAGAUCAGCCCAAUUAUGAUGAAUUUAUGGCGGAUGUAGAGGUAAGAGCAGCGCAUAAUGUCUUAGAAGCAUGUGCACAAACAGAAACCAUAAACAAAGUUGUCUUCACCUCCUCUGCUACAGCAGUUAUAUGGAGUAACAAUCACAAUAAGACUCCUGAUGAUAUGGAUGAGAGAAAUUGGAGUGACAUAAAUUUCUGCCGCAAGUUCAAGCUAUGGCAUGCAAUGUCAAAGACACUAGCAGAGAAGACGGCUUGGGCGCUAGCAAUGGACCGGGGAAUAAAUAUGGUGAGCAUAAACGCAGGGCUCCUGAUGAGUCCUGAUUUGACAAUCACAAACCCUUAUUUAAAAGGAGCAGCUGAGAUGUAUGAAUAUGGAGUAUUUGUUACAGUUGAUCUCAGUUUCAAUGUGGAUGCGCAUAUUUGUGUUUUUGAAGACAUUUCAUCAUACGGAAGGUAUUUAUGCUUUAACAAUGUCAUCAACUGCAAUGAAGAAGCUAUUAAGCUUGCACACAUCCUAGUGCCACCCUCCGAAUCUUCGGUUCCUCAAAGCUUUGAAGAUACAAGAGUACAUCAACAGAGGAUAAGCAACAAGAAACUGAAUAAACUGAUGGUGGAUUUUGAUAGUGAGCUUCAACUACAUUGAAUCAUUUGAUUUAAUUUGAUCUCUGAACUGUUCUUGACUGUGAGAGCUGUCAACAUGGCUUGUAACUGUACAAAUUGCGGUUUAUCUGUAUGUUUGCAAUGCUGUGGAUACCAGUAUGUAUGAAAUGAUUCAAUUUUUUUACAUGGAGAAAAUAAUUUCAUGGAA